AUGAAAGGAGGACAACAAGGAGUUGUGCUGAAGCUGCUUUUGUUGACAAUAAUUCCCCAGCUGUCAAGUUUCGAGGUCGUCAAUCAAACAGAUGUUAAGGAAUAUGUCAUAGAGAGAAGAGAUGGUGGUAAAUACGAUUUGUUCAUGUUGAAUUAUAAGAAUGGAUCUUUCUGCCAUAAGAGUGUUCACAAAGUCAAUGAUUGGUGCAAGGAACUGCAAGCAGACGUCGAUAAUACGUUGAUCAUAGAAGGCAAGUCUUGCGGUUGCUCUUGCUCAUACGGGUUUCCGACAUUCCUGCCUUCAAAUCAAACUUGUAUCAAUGAAAACCAAGCUCAAAGAUUAGGAGGUAAGAACGUGAACCAUUAUUUGAUAUCUUUCAAAAGUUGAACUGUCAACUUGAAUUAGGGUAGAAAUGUGAAAUGAAGAUUAAAUAAAAAUACACGAAACAAUCCAUGAUAUCCCUAAAAAACAUUUGCUAUAAUCUUGAAGGGGGCAGUUAUAUAAUUUACUUUGCAAGGAUACCAAAAAAUAGAAAUUUGAUGUGUGAUAAAAAUCUAAUUAACCAUAACCCUUUAACUCUCGUGUGUGACCAAGACAGAAUUUCUCCUUACAAUAUUAAUACAAUAUCAAGCAGACAAGUGAUAAGAAUAAAGAAAAAUAUCAACUUGGGGAUUGAUCCAAUACCAAAUUCUCCAUACUAACAUGUAAAACUACAGAAUACAUGGCAGACAGUUUACAAUCAUUUAAAGAGAUCCUUUUGUGUUAAAGCCUUUAUCAAAGCAUGCCCACAAGGUUAACCUCAGUGGUCUUGUAUUCUGUAGUUCCAAAUCUGGAUUAGUAUUAAAUCAAGUUCUUAUCAACUCAGCUUAGAGCUGGUGAUUCUUUAUUGGACAUGUGACCCCUUCCCUGUGUGUACCUCCCUCCUCCUCAAGCUUAUCAUUGUUAUAUAGGCAUUAAUUACCACUGAGAACAAUAUGUAACAUGCAUUAUCUUAAACCACCGGUCUGCAGAGUAUGGCAGAACUUGAAAAGAUCUUGUGCAUACAAGGGAGAUUCUGCUGUGUGAAAUGUAUGGUUAGAAAGAAAAAAAUUGUGUAUGUAUCUGCCAAGUUUUACUCUGCAGACAGGUCCAACAAGCCAUGGGUGAAGCCAUGAUGUAACUAAGGAACAGAGGCUUAAACAAGCUCUAGUGCAUGGGUGUAACAGUUUUGUUGGAAAAGUGAGUGAAGCCCUGCUUUCAUGAAACUGACUGAUAAGUGAUCCUGCCCUCCAUCUUUUUAGGAUGUUCACACUACGAACAUUUUAAAUUGUACUGGUCAGAUAAGGAGCCACUGUUGUCUACUACGGUAAAUCUUUUAGUGGCAAAAUCAAAGGAACUUGCUCCAUCAUUUUCCAGAGAUAACUGCUCUGUAAUCACUGGGGACUACUUUGAUUACAAUGGCUUUCUCAGUGAAUGGAAAAGUAUACAAAACCAGAUAUUCAGUUUUAACAACAGCAAUGACAAUAUGAAGCUUCAGGUACAGCAUUAAUUUUUCAGUCUUAUAUGUAUUCCUUUUUAUGAUUUUUACUUUGUGAUCAGGCACUCUCCUGAAUCCUCCAUUUAGGGUUUAGCUGUCAGAACAGAACAGGUAAUAUUCCCUGAAGAGAUGUUUCCCUGCAAGAGAAGGAACAGAAAAAAGUUUGGUCAAUAGUCCAUAAAAAGAAAAGUACAGAUCAAAAUAACUUGAAAUACAUUAAAAUCAUUUUAAACUAUGACCUAAAAAGUUCUUUUUAUGGUCUGUUUUACCAUUUCCUAACAGUGGAAAGCAGACAAGAAUGGCACACUCUCUGGCAGGAUCAUCCGUCUGAAAGUUACUUGCUACAAUACCACAAGUUCACUUCCCAGGUCACCAUUCAAACGUUGCAUGCUUUUCAAGGCAUUAGGGACUGUGACAUGUGAGUUGCUAUGAAAGUAAAGCCAAUGAUUUAAAUAAUAUUUGUAUUCAGAACUUAGGGGUGAUAUCAUGGUUUUGAUUAUUUUAGGUAAUGAUUAUAUGAGGAUUAACAUAUAAUUGUCUCAAUUAAGUGUUACCAUAUUUUUAUGUUAUAGCUCAGGAAAUUUUAACUGCUUUACAGCAGUACACAGGUCAAACGAGCUCAACAGGGUAAUAUAGUAUUAUCAACUGAGUUGAUAAUGUAAAUUGGCCACUGUAAAGAGUUUAAAAGCUGACAUUUUAAGUGUUAGCCCUUCAUCAGAGCAAAUGAACAUCAAAUGAGCUCAGGCAGCUUUAUGUAAGAAGUUGUUUGGGAGUUAUGGUUGCGUUUUGGGUACAUUACAGAAUGGAAUUAGAUAAAGAUUGUUUAUUAUGACCCUUAUUGGUACAUCUGUAAUGUUAAAAGUGUCAUUCAUACUGGACUUCAUAAAGUAAACAUCAAGAGAACCAGUAGGGAUGAAAUGAUUCCUUAAGGAUGGAUUAUUUUGUAAAAACAAACAGCCACAACAGCCAAUCAUAAAUUAAUUUUAAGCAGACAAAUGAGGGUUCAUAUCUACUAGUACACAUGUAGGAAUGAGUAGAAGACUAAAUGUGCUGCACAGAGCAAUUUAGAAUAAUAGUAUUCAACCACUUCCCUUUAACAAAGACUGUCAGUUUUACCAGCAUUUAAAUUUCAUUAUCUAUAAUUAAUAGACUCAAAAAUAAAUGUAUACAUGGAUAGUCACACUGUCAAAUGUUCCUUUUGCCUUUCUCAGAUUAUGCCCCGUUAAAGACAAGUUCAGUACAUACUUUUCCAACUGCUUCAAGUUCUCACACUCCAUGGUCAUCAUAUUUGUGUUUACCAUCUCUUCAAUUACAACAAUCAACACAAACAUCCACAUUGUCACUAAUGCCACAACCAUCAUCAUCACCAUCACCUUCUCCUUCAUUGGGUGCUACCACAAAAAGUCCCGCAUCACACACAGACAAAUUUUCAACAUUUGUAUCAACACACAUCAAAACCAGGUCACUUCAAACAAUGCUGGCGUUACAUUCAUCUGGACCGAUUCUGCUGUCAACAUCAACAGAUGAACUGGAAAGCUCCUUGCCAGUCAAUUCAGAAGAAAUUUCUAAUAAUGUAAUAAACACUGGGAUUCCAAAAUCUUCGGUUAGCACAGGGGAACCAAAUUAUAGUGAACCAUCAGAGGUGAGUUUUCUGUGUUAGGAACAGUUGAUAGUUCUGUAAGUAUUAAAUGUGAAGAGGGUACACUGAAGUUAUGAAACCAUGAUUAUGAUGGUGCCUAGAAGUUAGUAAUUAACCCUUUGACUCCCAUGAGUGACCAAGACAGAAUUUCUCGUCACAAUAUCAAAACGAUAUCAAGCAGACAAGUGAUGAGAGUAAAGAAAAAUAUUAUUGGUUGAUCUAAUACCAAACUCUCCAAACUAACAUCACAAGAACUAUAUGGCAGACAGUACGUAGAAUUACUAAUGAGAUCUUGGGACUUAAACGGUUUUAAGUAAGUAAAAUUAUACAGUUGUGUUAUUUAGCGAGUACAUAUGGGAUAAAAAACUGUACCUAAGCGCUAAUGACACGAAUUUUUUGCGUAAAUAUUCAGCUUAUCAUAUUUACAAACCAAUUCCGAAAAAAGUAAAAAUGUCAAAAAAGUUAAAACUCGGUUUUUCGGGCCCUUAGGUGCUGUUAUUUUGUCUAUUAAGUGUCCCGUAGACUGGUAACGAAUUAGCGGGUGAUGACGUAGAAAAUUAUGAAACCUUCAGUUGGCACUUACAAGUCUAUGGUGGCCGAGGACUGUCACUCAAAAUUUUACAAUUUUUCAAAGAUUUAAUGAAAAAUAAAAGAAAAAAUAAAUCAAAACCGAAAGUAAAGUGGAACGUGACUGCAAAACAAAGGAAAAAGAACGAUUGAAAGUAAAAUGAAGUUGCAAGCAAAUUUAAAAGCAAAUUAUAGGAUAUCGGUCAGCUCUUUUAUAACAAACGAUGUAUGUGUGUUUUUAAAAUAAGAUGGAAACUACCAUUGAUUUUCAUACGAUAAGAAAAGCGCAAAUGUAGUUAUGUGGAAAGACAAGGAGUAUGAAUAAAUCUCAAGCGCGUGGAAUAAACAACAAUAAGGAACUCACCAUUCUUCGCUCGCGAAAUGUCAGCCGAAAGGGAUGUUAAGCAAUCGUGUACGGCGUGGGAACAGGCCCCUUAAUCAGAAUUAUUUUUAGCUGAAUUCAUUGGUUAUCUUUCCCUGAUUUGACUUGUGGUAUGUGUUCGUAACAGCCGUCUUCGAGGCCGUUACAGAGCAUAUUAGGACGACAAUGAAGAAUGAAAUCUCCUCGAUGUCGACGUAUGAAACGCGUCCAGUUUGGCCAUAGUGAUACAGUUACAUCCUUUGGAAAGGAGUGUAUAGAAACACCCGUUAUAUGUGUAUUAUUCUCGAAGCUAACAUCAUUUGGCGCUCCGGCAACACAAUACGUUUGUCCUUUCUUCUCGAAUUUUCCCUUUUUCCACAAUUAGUUGCAGUUUUCGCGGUUUUCACAGUUUUCUACGUCACAGUGUUUUGGCCGUGGGGUUUUUGACCGCGCAAGAUCUGGGAUCGAACAUGCCACGAGCAGUAAAGUGACAACAUGCAAAACAAGCGUGUCGGUUCUUUAAAAUCGCACGAUUGUCCUUUUUUCGGCUUUUACACAGUACAGCUCUAUGCUAUGAAAUCAAGGGUUUCCAGCAACUCCACCCGUAAUAUUUAUAGGCCUUCUACACCUGAAAAAGAGGUCAACCGAAAAGAAAACACGAUGGGAAAGAUUGCCAAAAGGUGACAGAUUCGAAAGUUUACACAUUCUCAGAUAUAAAUCUUGGCGAAGUUCAUAUUUGCUGGAUCGUUAAACAUACUUGUGCCCUUCUUAGUGCCUGUUGACAAAAAAAUUAAUAGCACCAAAUUUGAGAUAGAGGAAGAAAACACAAAAUUGCCAACAGCAAGAAAACCGCCUUUGUAACCCCUUCUUUUUUUCGGCUUUUGAAAGAUCGGCUGGACAAAUUUCACAAAUUGUGAAAAUUUUGAGAGACUUUUCCAAGGCAAACUGAAGAAAAUAUAAGGCAAAGCCAAAUUAUCACUGGCAAGUGCCUCCCUUCGUAGAGCGAAAAUCAUUCUAUUAAUAAUUACUACAGGAAACGGUAGUCCGAACCUUGCUCAUCGCCUUUUGAUGGCUUUUAGUGACCUUGUAAAGCGGAAACAUAACAUUUUUGGCUCGUUGGCACGCGCGCCCACACUGAGCAAAUACGGUAUGGAGCCUCCUUGAUGGGGACACUUUUUGGCCGCCAAAUCGUACUUUAAAUGCAUAAAAAGAUGGUCAAGGAGAAGUCCCUAGGCGCUUAGGUCGGUUAGUUUCGGUUAUGUCAAAGGCAGUUUAAGACCAAGGGCACAGUUAUUGCACCGCAGGUUUGCUUUUUCUUGCUUUCUAAUUGUUAUGGACUGUGGUACAUAUUGUAAAAGGCCAUUGUAAAGUUCUUCAAAGGACAAAUUUUUAUAAUUAUUUUUAAUCUUAUUUUAUUUCCCUACACUCUUAGUUACCAACCACUGAGUCAAGUCUUCCUACCAGGGAUGGUCCAGGAGACAAAGAGGCAAGGAAAGGUGGAAAAGACAAAGGAGUAGCAAUUGGUGCAGGAGUUGGUGGUGCUGUUGUUUUUGGGAUUAUUGUCAUAGGGUUGAUUAUUGUAUUUUGCAAGAGAAGAAAAUUACGGUAAGCUGUGUAAUCAAAAAGUGGUUGACUCUUACAGCAGCUAUAACUGAACCCAAUUGUCCAUAUUGUUAGAGAGAAAUCACUUGAAUUUUGUUUAUAUAGUAAUGAUAGUAGAACCAAGUGAUGAAUAUCAAGUGACAAACAAAAUCAGACUUGGAUGAUCACAAAGCGAGAGCCCAAUUUGUUAAUUGCAGGUCUGGAAUGAUCACAGGCAGAACCGAUAAUAAAACACUCACAGAAAUUACACAUACUGUCCAUUUGGAAUGGUAUAACAUGUAAAUAUUCCUUUUACAUUGUCCAGUUGCAAGUUUUGCAAGUGGACUGUACUGUGAGGGUCUAAAUAAGGCUGUGCAGAACUAUGCACCACAAUUCUGGUUUUGAUUGACUCUGAGUCAAAUUCUGUCUCCUUUAAACAUCAAAACUUUUGUACACACUUAGAUAAAAUUACGGAAUAAAUGUGUCAGGAUUCAAUGUUAGUAAUCAUGCUGCAGAAUGUUAACAGACUCAUGUCCAAUUAAUGCGUCAUGGAAUGUGACAUUCAAUGUUAAACAUCUAGUGAAGAACAAGUAGAAUGUAUGUACUUAUUAAAAUAACUGUAAUGUUAUGAACAAACAUUAAAUUCCAAACUAUAAGUUCAAAGCACCCUCCUCUUCAUUGGACCUUUCUAGUAAUUUUCAACUCUAUACUUAGAUUGCAAAAUAAAUUACAGCGAAUGCAAACUUAAGAUCAAAAUUUGUUUUGACUUUUGUCAUAACUGAAAUUUUAGUUUGCGAGAGAGUAGUGACAGUAAAACCUGAUAUACUGUAGAAGACAUGCAUAGUGAACCAGUGAGAGCUUACUUAACCCUUUAACUCUCAGAUCAAAAUUUUAAUUCUCCAUACUGUCAACCAUGCAAUUCUUAUAAUGUUAGUUCAGAGAAUUUGGUAUUGGAUUUACUAAUUAUCCCCAAAUAGAAAUUGUUCUUUUACUUAUUCUCAUCACUUAUCUGGUUGAUAUUGUAUUGAUGCUGUAAGGAGAAAUUCUGUCUUGGUCACUUGUGGGAGUUAAAAGGGUCAAGACAAAUUUGUGAUUUAGAAAUGAUCAUUGAUUGAAGAAUUGGUAAUGCCAAAUUUUUUUUGCAGGGAAAGUACAGAAAAGGUAGAAAAACCACAUGUAAGAGGUAAAGUUUUGUUUUAAGAAUAAGACUUGUACACUGAUACAAGUCUCUUGUACCCACCCUGACAAGUUGUAGAGAAACAAGUUGAGUAUAAUAUAUCGGUGUUUCCUCAUUUUGUUAAACAUUUAAAAUUAGCCUAAAAUUGCAUGUUUCUCUCUUAAGAACGGUCAUGUUGCAUGAUACUGAUACAUUCACUUUUUUCAUGAUUUUUAGAGUCUAGAAUACCAAGUUUUCCUUCACAAUUUAUUAUUAUCACAUAAAAAGCCACUUUGACAAUGAAAUGAUAUUUUCUGUGUUUAUUUUGUUGAAUUUUUGAUUAUAGUUAAGAACCCAGUAUACGAGAAACCUCUAGAUGACAUACAAAUAGAAAGACCUGGAAAGAAAGCCACAACUUUAGAUGGACAAGACAAUCAACCAACUUACAUGGAACUUGUUGACAACAGAGGUGAGUUGGUUAGCAAUGAGCAUAGGCUGGUAAUGGAUAAUGUAAAAGGAUAGGUUAGUAAUAAUUAUUUACUGAUUAUAUAUGGGGUUUAUAAUAGCUACAUUAGUUACAUCUUCUUUUGAAAAGGUUAAUACUCUCCUGCAAAGAUGUUGACACCCAGAGAGCAUGAGCAUGCAUGAACAACCUGAACUGUGAUUUUUCUUUUCUUGAUGGAAUUCAUGCUGAUCAAAGCUUCCAUUACCCACCCUUUGGAAAUAUUCGGGGCUGUUAUGCUCAUUCAGUUGUUGAGUAUCAUAUUUGUUCAUGGUUACUGCUGUGUUGGUGCCAACAUUUUUGCAAUUAAGUGUACAUGCAGGUCACAGUGAAUCUAGUUUCAGGGUUCUCGUUAACCAUUAAACUCCCAAGAUCUUAUUAGUAAUUCUUCUUACUGUGUUCCAAGUGAUUCUCAUUAUGUUAGUUUGGAGAAUUUGGUAUCACAUCAAUUAGCAAUCCCAUAACUGAUAUUUUUUGUUAUUCUCAUCACUUGCCUGCAUGAUAUUGUAUACAUAUAGUAAGGAGAAAUUCUGUCUUGGUCAUUCACGGGAGUCAAAGGGUUAAGAAAUGUAGUAGCAAGAGAGGAAUGUAAGGUGAGAGGAAAUUAAAGCAGAAAACAGCAGUGCUUUUGGGUAAGAUGAAGUGAAUCGUAUGUUCUUAUUCGCUACCGAAGCGAGCAAGUUGGGCCAAUCUUGCCUACUUGGGAUUGCCUGCUUUAAUCCAGUGCAAAAUAAAACUGGCAUUAGGUGGACUCACAAAGUUGGUAAUUUCAUGGACAAUGUUGUUGAUGGAUUUGCAAAAAGUGGCAGAAGACAGUACAUUAAAACAAACAAAUUUAUUGAAUGAAAAACAAGCCCAUCUCAGGUGGAUUUUUUACCUUUGUGCCAAAAAAAAUAAAAAGUUGUUAUUGAUCCUUAUUUAUUAAUCAUUUAUUGACCAAGCUUGUUCAGUCAAGAUGCCUGGAUGUAAGUCUGGUUCUCUAUUUGCGGUUUUAUAAACCUCAACUUCAUCCUAGUCCAUUAAAAUGCAAUAGAAGUAUUCAAGCUGAUAUAAGCUAUCUUGACCUCUCACUAAUCAAUAACCCUGAUAAACCAUUAUAACAACAGAAUUCUCUGAUCUCCUUUGAAACACCCAGGAAUCUAUUCAGAACAAUUCUAUUAGCUUUUUAUAUUGAUAUUUUCUUCCAAUUUUUACAUUAGGACAUGAACGUUAUGGAGCUGUGUACAGUACUGCAGAUGAAAAUUACGACAAUUCAUCUGUUUAUCAAAGUCUGGACAAGAAUACACCUGCAGCACCACCAGUUUACCAGAGUUUACAGAACAACCAGCCUUCCACUAAGAAACCUAUGCCUAAACAGAAAAUAAGCAAUACAGAAAAACCUGGAAAACCCAGUGUACCCUCAGACCCUGAGUACAAUGUCCUUGAGGAGUCUCACACCAAACAAGAAAAUACAUCAGAGGCAAUAUAUAAUGUACUGGAAGGGCCAGAUCCUAGACAUGAUAUUUCAGGGAACAUUCAGGACCCUGUUUACAAUUUGCUGGAUGGGCCUGAUGCAGGACAGACAUACGAGGCCCCAGAUGUUGGUGUUCAACAGGAUCCACUGUAUAAUGUGCUUGAGGUGCCUGAAUCCAAACAAGAACAUCAGGAGCCGCUUUAUAAUGUGCUUGAAAGUGCAGAUACUGAAAAUGCCCCUUCCAGACAGUAUGGCCCCUCUGAUGGUGCAACCAGUGAGCCCCUGUAUAAUGUUCUUGAUGGGGCAGAUUCAAGUGGAGCAAAUUCAAGUGAUGCAGAAUAUGCUGCUCCCAACAGAUCCCUGUCUGCCGAUGGUCAUGACAACCCAGCCUAUGAGCAGACCGUUGGAUUUGGUGCACCACAUGCAUCGGUGCACAGCCCAGGGUCAGAGAGAGAAUCUUUGUAUGAACCCCUGAAAGAGUCAGAUAGGCAAGAUGUGUAUGAGCCCCUUCGCAAAAAAGGGAAAUGAGUUGUACCAAGGACAUGGACCUUGAGUUGAUAACAAAAUUAGCAGAAGUUGGUUGCUAUUUAGGGGCCUAGGAGCUCUCCAUGGAAAUUAAAGUCAAUAUUGACUCUCAAUUGUCAUUAUUUUAGCCAUUAAAUCAACUGAGGCAAUGGGAGUAGGAAUAAAACUCAAUUCUCUACACUAACUUGUAAUUAAAAUGGACAUCUCUUUCUGACAGGGUGCAAUUGCAUGACAUGUAGAGUCAUGGGGCAAGUUACAAGUGAAAUAUUUUAUAAAGUAUUUAAAAAUUUGCAUUUUUGUAACAAAGGAUGUAGCCAUUUGCUGCUAAGCAGAAUUCAAGAACACUAUUUUUGUACCGAAACUUUUUGAAUGACUACAAUUCUGUGGUUUAUAAAGCAAAAAAUAAUUUUGCUCUUAAUAAUUGUUUUUAAUACUUAUCUAUGGUUAUCACCCAAAGCAGAAUAAUUUUGCACUGUAAAAUACAGUAUUAUACCUCAGAAGAAUUUUAUGAAUAGUUUUUGUUAUUGUAAGAAUUUAUAUAUGUAAUUACAUUUUGAGUGCAAUUUGGAAUAAAUAAGUACGAGUAAAUUUUUUCAAAGACUAACAAAACUGCACGAGCCUGUAGGGUGAGUGCAAUUUGUGGUCUUUGAAAUAGUUAACAAGUGCUCAUUUAUUCCAAACAGCACGAAAACAAUCAUGUGAUUACUUAUUAAUAAUAUACUGAAAAAAUACGAGAUAGCUUAUCAUAAAUACGCAGAAGCAAAGCGCGCAUCAAGUGCAAAAAUAAUUUAUUCAAACCUGUACAUUCGGUCAAAACAACCGCGUACGAUUAAAACAGUAAUACACAAUGAUAUUCUCACAUCUAUAAGGCGCAAAAAAGUUCAAAGUCCGGCCAAACAGUUCAAGGAAUUGUUCAGUCUGUGUCCAAAUCACUUUCGAUGGAAUGGAGUCGUCGUUUGCGAGGUUUAACUAUGCUUGUUUUUAAUUUCGGC